UUGGGGUUUGUGUGUGGGUGAGUUUUAUAUAUCUUUAAACGAAAUCAUGUCUUGUGUUCAAAAAAUUAUGGAGCCAGUAGAAAUGAAUAUAGAUUCCGAGAAAUACUAUUAUUUCAUCAAAAAUAAUGUUUAUCAUAUUCCUAAUAUUACUUCAACCAUUCAAGACGUAGCAGUUCACGAAGGUGAUUGGGACAAUAGCAGUCAUGACUGCAUAAAAGUAUGGAAUUACACCAUCGAUGGGAAAGCUGAGGUUUUGAAAGAACAACCGGAAUUCGACGACGAAACGCUUAAAAUAAGUUUCAUUGCGGUGAAAGGAGAUUUGUUAAAGAAAUAUAAAAGGUUCAAGAUCAUUCCUGAGAUCGUACCGAAGGGCCCCCAACAAUGUGUGGUUUACAUAACUAUAGAAUAUGAAAAGUAUGAUCCUACCACGCCUGAUCCAUACAAUUACCUUCAAUUAAUUGCUAAAUUUAUUAAGGAUGCGGAAGCCUAUCUCAUUCAUAAUUAGGACAAAUAAAAUGGUUUAAUCAAGUUUAUGGUUUUUUUUAUUAAAAUGAAGUCACUCUCCCAUCCUUACGUAAAAUAGAUAUAGAUGGAGGCUCCAUCCUUAUGUUUGCCUUCUUCUUUUUCUAUUUUUCUUGUACGUGACCAUUUUUGGUCUUUCAUUAUAAUAAAACAUAUAUGGUAAUAUUAAUAA